AAAGAGCUUUCCAGUAUUUCUGGGAUCAGCAUGUCCCCCUCCAGGCAAAACUCUCACCAUUCGGUGCAUUCCACCAUGGCUCUGCCCAAAACCUCCUACAGCGGGUUAAGUGCGUUCUGCACCGAGGAGAACAUAUCGCAGUGCAUCGCAUAUAUCAAUCAGGAGGUGUGUUCGCUGGGCUUGACUGGAGUGAGUUUAGAGUCUAAAUCAGGCAAUCUGAGCGCUGUGCCUGUUUUGAACCUGCUCUAUGAAGUACUGCAGCUGCAGAGGAGAGCUCAGCGAGCCCUACAUGAGCUGGAGACGCAGCAGCUGAUGAACGGCAGUGACCUCGAGCAUCUGCAGCACAGCAACUGUAGACUCAAAGAUCAGCUGGAGCACACCAGGAGAGAGAACUCAGGCCUGCAUGAGGGUGAGCGACAGCUACAGCUGAAGAUCAAAACCUUACACAACUGCCUCAAGUCUGAGAAAGAGGAAGUACAGAAACUGCAGAGCAUCAUCUCUAGCCGUGCCUCGCAGUACAACCACGACACCAAGCGUAAAGAGAGAGACUGCACCAAACUGAAGGAACGUCUCAACCAGCUGCUCAUGGACAAGAGAGACAAGAAACUCUCCAUUGAAAUAUCAAACUAUGUGGGAAGGUCAGAUGGCAAGAGAGGCCUUUGGAAGACGAGCAAGAUGGAGGCCAGACAUGAGGGCGAGAUGUACAGGGCUCUGCUGAGUGAUUAUGAGACGCGGCAGAGAUCUCUGAUGAUGGAGAACUCUGAGCUUAAAAAAGUGUUGCAGCACAUGAAGAAAGACAUGAUCGCCAUUCUGAGCCCAAAGAAACCCUGCGUCCAACCAGAGCCAGCAGAUGAUAGCCUCGAGCAGGCUGGCUCUGAGGGUGAGGAGGAGACUGGUGACUGCAGCAGAGACAGUCUGGAGCAGUCGUGUGAACAGGCCCGCGAACAGCUCAUCAACAGCAUCCGCCUGCAGUGGAGGAAGCUCAAGAGCCACAUGGAGAGACUCGACAGCCAAGCGUCGCUGGUGGCGUGUCAGGAGCGCGAGGGAGAUGAGAUGAUGUCCAGGAAGGAGCACGAGGUCGAGAUGCAGCGGAUGAGACUGGAGUUACAGCAGUGUAAAGAGUUCAUCCACAUGCAGCAGCAGCUUCUACAGCAGCUGAGUUCACCGUGUGAUGACGAGACGGCGGCUCUGCUGAACGACUGCUACACGCUGGAGGAGAAAGAGCGGCUCAAAGAGGAGUGGAGGCUCUUCAGUGAGCAGAAGAGGAACUUUGAGCGAGAGAGGAAGAACUUCACUGAAGCUGCUAUUCGUCUGGGACACGAGAGAAAAGCGUUUGAAGAAGAUCGAGCUGCAUGGCUGAAGACCCAGUUUUUGAACAUGACUCCAUUUGUAGACCGUAAAAGACCUGCAUUGUCUGAACCUCACAGUGCAUUAGCAGCCAGUACAGAACCCGAGGCCAAACUGCAGUCCACUCCACCGCUCGUGACCUAUUCUGUGUUCUCCAUGCCUAAAGCUGCUCCGGUGAAGAUGCCCUCCACUGCUGACCUCUACCGCACGCUACACCUCAUCCCAGAGAGCAGGUACUCUCACGGGCCACAAAUCAUUCUCAACAAUGGAAAUUCUGUCAUGCAUUUCCCUUAAAUCAUUCCAAACCUUCAUGCAGUUGUCAGACUCCAAAAAUGAGGACAAACACACUAAAAGCUCCAUGAAUAUAGUCCACAAGACUGCUGCACUACACUCAGUCUUUUGAAGCCAAAGCACUUGCAGAGUGGGUAUGAAGACCGCAAGUUGAACUUUUGAUUACCCAACGGGACAUUUAUUAGCAUGCUUUGCCCUUUAAAAUAAACUUUUGAAUGCGUUCAGUAGUUCUGUUGUAAUAACACAAUUUAUUUGUGGCGCUUCCAGUUAAGUGAUAAAAAGCAGUGUGUGCAAAUGUGACAAAAUACAAAAUCUCUCCCCCAGUG